CAGGAGUUUGAACCCUUGAUUCAGAAACCGUACAGCAUUGUUUACAUUCACUCUGCAGCCUCUUUGCAAGUGCAACCGGAUUUGGGUUGGAUGAAGCGGAUGCAACAAGUAUUGGGUCGAAAACACAAGAAAAAUUUGCAUGCUAUAUAUGCCUUGCAUCCGACACUGGGAUUAAGGACAGCAAUAUUUGCUCUGCAGCUUUUGGUGGACGGAGAGGUAUGGAAGAAAAUUGUAUAUGUGGACCGACUCUUGCAUUUGUUCAGAUAUGUUCCUCGUGAGCAGUUGACCAUCCCUGACUUUGUCUUCCAGCAUGAUCUUGAAGUAAAUGGAGGGAAAGGCUUCAUCGUUGAUCCAAGAACAAAAUAUAUCUAUCAAAGAACAUCUGCAUGAUUGGAAUAGGUUAAAUUUAUGUUCAAUCUUGUACAAAAUUUGUGUACAAACUUCAGUGCCUUAAUUUUUGCUUUCGUCAUUUUGUAUGUAAAAUUGUGGUGUUCAAGCUCCUCACUGAACAAUGACCUGAUUCUUUUUGAGAAACAGCUAAAUGGACAAAUAAAAGUGCUGGGUUUGGUUGUCUAA